AUGAAUUUAUUGAAUUGGGCACCUGCAGUUGUGGGUCUAGUAUUUCUUGAAUUUCUCAGCAGUAGUUCAUCAUUGGCCCAAUUCACCCCUACGGAUAACCACUUGAUCGCCUGUGGAUCUCAACAAAACGUGACGUUCACUGGCCAGACAUACAUCCCUGAUUCUUCUCAAUCCUCCUUCUCCUUGAAAAGCAGUGGAAAUUCUAUAACCGCCACCUCGAAUUCGACUGCCCCUUUCCCUAUCUAUCAAUCGGCAAGAAUCUUCACAUCCACAGCUUCCUACAAGUUCAACAUCAGGCAACAAGGCCGGCAUUGGGUCCGCCUUUACUUUUACCCCAUCCCUGGCCGUAACCUAACCUCCGCCUCAAUCUCUGUCGUGACCGAGGAUUUCGUCCUCUUGCACAAUUUCAGCUUCGCCACCUACAACGGCACCUACUUUUCCAAAGAGUACGCGGUCAACGUAACCUCCAACAGCCUCUCUGUCAAUUUCAUCCCAGGAAACAAUUCUCUCGCUUUUAUCAACGCCAUUGAAGUCGUGUCCCUCCCAGACGACCUCAUUCCCGACCAGGCAGACGGGUUCGGGCCAUACACCCGAAUCAGUGGAAUUUCCGGGCUUGCCCUCGAAACAGUCUACCGUCUAAACAUGGGUGGUCCCUUGUUAACCCCCCAGAACGACACUCUGGGGAGGACUUGGGAGAACGACGUCAAAUACCUCCACGUGAAUAGCUCGGCCGUUAACGUCUCGGUCGACCCUUCAAACAUCAAGUACGGGCAAUCGGUCACUCCUCAAAUCGCGCCGAAUUACGUCUACGCCACUGCGCAGAACAUGGGGGACGCGAACGUGAUCGACGUCAACUUCAACAUCACGUGGGUCCUCAAGGUCGACCCCGGAUUCUCCUACCUCGUGCGCUUCCACUUUUGCGACAUCGUGAGCAAGUCCCUCAACAGGCUCGUCUUCAACGUGUACGCCAACGCCGAGCUCGCCAUCGGCGGCCUCGACCUGUCCAACCAGGCAGGCGAUUUGGACGCCCCGUACUACCGCGAUUUUGUCGUCGAGCUCCCUUCCAACUCGAGCGUCCUCACAGUAAGCGUGGGCCCCGACACCAACACCGAUUUCAUAAACGCAAUUCUCAACGGGCUCGAGGUCAUGAAGAUGAGCAACGAGGCCCGGAGCCUCACCGGCAGCCUCCCUGUCGACACCCUCCUCGUCCUCCCUCACAAGAAGAACAAUAAAAGCCUAGUUGUUGUCGGGUCUGCUGCUGGCGCUGCUGCUGCUGCUGGUGCCGUCGUCUUUAUCGGGCUCUGCCUCGUCUGCCUUCGGGCCCGUGGCCCGAAGGCAGGCAGGCCGAGUGUUCCCCUGCACGGGAACUCGUUGACCGUGACAAAGACGUCGGGCACCGCCAGCUGUGUCUCGAUGGGGACGCCGAGCCUCGGGCGUUGCUUCACGUUCCAGGAGAUUAUGGACGCUACUAACAAUUUCGACGAGGGUCUCCUGCUCGGAGUCGGGGGUUUCGGACGGGUGUACCGUGGGACGCUCGAGGACGGGUGCACCCGAGUCGCGGUCAAGCGGGGCAACCCGCGUUCGGAACAGGGUUUGGCCGAGUUUCGAACUGAGAUCGAAAUGCUCUCCAAGCUCCGUCACCGCCACUUAGUCUCCCUCAUCGGAUACUGCGACGAGCGGUCGGAGAUGAUUUUGGUUUACGAGUACAUGGCGAACGGGCCCCUCCGGAGCCAUCUGUACGGGUCGGGCCUGCCUCCACUUCUGUGGAGGCAGCGACUGGAGAUCUGCAUCGGGGCGGCCCGCGGGCUCCACUACCUCCACACGGGCGCCACGCGGAGCGUCAUUCAUCGUGACGUGAAGACGACUAAUAUUCUACUCGACGAGGGGUUCACGGCGAAGGUGGCGGAUUUUGGGCUGUCUAAGGCGGGGCCGGACCUCGACCAGACGCACGUGAGCACGGCCGUGAAGGGGAGCUUCGGGUACCUCGACCCGGAGUAUUUCAGGAGGCAGCAGCUGACGGAGAAGUCGGACGUGUACUCGUUCGGGGUGGUGAUGGUGGAGGUGCUGUGCGCGAGGCCGGCGCUGAACCCGGUGUUGCCGAGGGAGCAAGUUAAUAUAGCCGAGUGGGCGAUGACGUGGCAGAGGAAGGGGAUGUUGGAGCAUGUUAUGGAUAAGAGUUUGGUUGGGAAGGUGAACUUAGCGUCGCUCAAGAAAUUCGGGGAGACGGCCGAGAAGUGUUUGGCGGAGCAUGGGGUGGAUCGGCCGAGUAUGGGGGAUGUGUUGUGGAAUCUGGAGUAUGCGCUUCAGCUUGAGGAGACGACUUCGGCCCUAAUGGAGCCUGAGGAUAACAGCACUAAUCAUAUUCCUCUGGGGAGGUUUGACAACAGCGUGAGUAUGAUUGAAGGGGGGCAUUCGAUUUCGGGGACUGAUGAUGAUGGGGAGGAUGUGGCCACGAGUGCUGUUUUCUCUCAGCUGGUGAAUCCACGUGGCAGGUGA